AUGUACGGACAGGAAACCCUAGAACUAGAAUCGGACGAUUUUGCUCUUCUUGAAUCCAUUCACCAACAUCUUGAUUACUUGGAGCCUCAGGCAAUGAGUGUUAGCGCAGAUAAUGUUCCAGUCAUAUUUCCAGUUUUAACAACCGAAGAUUGGUGGGAGUCAUUGUUUAGGGGUAGAAGGAGGCCGUGGGGGAAGUACGCAGCAGAGAUAAGAGAUCCAGCGAAGAACGGUGCGAGACUGUGGCUUGGGACUUAUGAGACGCCAGAGGACGCGGGGUUGGCUUAUGACCGAGCUGCGUUUAAGCUACGUGGCUGCAAAGCCAAGCUGAAUUUUCCUCACUUGAUUGGCUCGAGUAGCAUUGAGCCCGUUAGGGUUACCCCUAAGCGGGGCCGCUUGCCUGCCCACUCCUCUCCGUUUGCAUCGACAUCGGAUGGUUAUGAAACUCAGAUGCCAAAGCGAAAUAAGGCUGGGAUUGAAUACUUGGCUGCUUGA